AUGGAUUCAGCCGGGCAACCGUACCGGCUCGAGGUCGCGGUGAAGCGAGUGUACGGACUCACCCCGCUUCUUGCAACCACAUCCUCCAAGAUUGCGGUUGAGGUGCACUUUCUCGACUUUCCGAGCAUCGUGAUUCACCCGCAGGGCUUCGCGAUCGGCGACGCCGUCACAUACAACGUAUGUCACAAGGCAGACUUCCGCAUGACGGCCCAGCAGGCCGCCUCUGUCUUUCCAGCCGUCUGUCAGUGCCACCUUUCCGCGGACAACGAUGCAAACCUGUCAAAAAACGCGCAGUGGUUCUGCCCCUGCCCGCUUAUUGUUCCAAGUCCCGACGGCGGGCUGUCUGGAGGUCAGCAACAGCAGCAACCGCAGCGCGCAUAUGUGAAUUGUGUCAUCCGCGAUCCCGCAGGGGAAACGCUAGGGUAUGUCGAGAUGAGCUGCGUCGUCGUUUCAUUCGCACCGUUUCAGCAGCCGUCGCCGCUGCCUGUCGCAUCAAGCCACCAGAUGCCCUCCACGCCGUAUGCGUCCCGUCCCGCAGACGCGGCAGCAGCGACCCCGUCGCCAUUGCGACCGCCACCCUCCGCCUCACCAGACACUCGCAAACCCGCCGUGGAAAGCGGGCAGGGCAAGCCGUACAUUGUCCGCGUCGUUGUCGGCGAAAGUGACCGCAAACGUCGUGGAGGCGGCUUUGACAGGAGAGAAGGCGAAGAUGACGACAUUGGCAGCCGUGAAGUGGCUCCUGCGCACAACGGUGCUGGUGGUGGUGGACGCCGUAGCUCUCCCGUGCGUCGCGUGUCGGCCAACACAGCGAGCAGAGAGAGUCUACUGUACGUUCUGCAGUACGACGUUGCGUAUCAGCUGCAGUCGCUGAGUGAGACGACGGCGGCGGUCCUGCAGCGUGAGCACCCGGUGCUGACCAGCACGCCUCUGCCAAGUGAUGGCGAAGACGGCACUGUGAACAUCUCAAAACUGACGAAGUCGAUAGAUCGCAGCGUAGCGCAGAUGGUGAAGCUAGCCAACAUUGUUCUGCAGGUGGUGAAUCAGCUGAUCGCCAAUAACCCUGCGCCUCCGCGCACCGGUGCUAGUCGUGAGAUUAAGGAAAUGGCCCGGCAGAAGCGCAAUCCCGUGAACAAGCUGCCGGUACCGGCCGACGGCUCGGUUGGCCACUAUCUGCAAUACUCCGUUUUGUAUCAACUGCAAUGUCUCGGCACCAAUCUAGCCUACGUUACCUUGGCCUACCGCGAUGUUCUUGAGACGCCGCUCUCCGCCAUUCCAAAGCAGCACGCUGAUUUCUGCUUCAGCCUUGGAGACGAGGUGCAGCACCUCACGAAACUCCUCAACAUUUUCAUUCAGUCCACCGUGGACGGCACUCUCGGACUCUCCGCAUCUCCAAGCGCAGAGGCAAAAGCAGAGGAUGAAGAGAAAAAGAAGAGCGAGUCAAAACAUCGUGAUGACGCCACCCCGAAAGACAAACCGCCCGCGCGUGCCCUUAGCAUCAACGAAGUCAAGAUAUCUCGUAGUAGCAGCAGCAGCGGCAGCGACAGCAGCUCGUCGUCAAGUUCAUUCGACGCCUCGCUCAAUCGUCCCAUGACUCCGGUGUCCGCGACACCCGCACCCGCGGUGGUUCCCGUGGCGAUUCCAUCACCCAACCCGGUGGCGCCGAGUCCGCCGCCAUGGCAUCAGCAGUCAGCGCCGCCGAUCCUUGCAGCACCAGCGCCAACCCUGCCUUCUUUCCCGUUGCAGCCGCAGAUCAGUACCCCGCCGUACGCGACGGUGACGGCUGCGCGGCCGGUGGCGGUAGUGGCGACGCCGGCCACCACUGAGAGCCCACCGCAGGAGAGCCCAAACUCGUUUCUUUCCGUGCCGGGGGCGGUGCCGUUCUCGUGGGUGAAUACGACGAGCCGGGACCAGCGAAACGCGUCCCUGUCGCCACCGCAGCCGCCGCUGCCGACGUCCGUCCCACCACCAACCUCAGGUGUGCACGUGGCGACGGGCAUCGGGUUUUCAACGCAGCCACCUGUGCCGAGAGUGGCGCCGCCGACGCUGAGCGCGCCGCAGCUGCCGAUAGCGCAACCACGACCAUCGCUGCUGUCGCCACUGGCGCCGCCAACGGCCAUCUCGUCGCCUGCAGCCCGCGCCGCACCGACGCCGGCUGCGAUUCCAAUACCCGUACCGAUUCCGCGUUAA